GUUAGUUAUGUCUGGACGUGGCAAGCAGGGCGGCAAGGCGCGCGCCAAGGCCAAGACGCGCUCUUCCCGCGCUGGGCUGCAGUUCCCGGUGGGCCGGGUGCACCGCCUGCUGCGCAAGGGCAACUACGCCGAGCGGGUCGGGGCCGGCGCGCCGGUCUACCUGGCGGCGGUGCUGGAGUACCUGACGGCCGAGAUCCUGGAGCUGGCGGGCAAUGCGGCCCGCGACAACAAGAAGACGCGCAUCAUCCCGCGCCACCUGCAGCUGGCCAUCCGCAACGACGAGGAGCUCAACAAGCUGCUGGGCCGUGUGACCAUCGCGCAGGGCGGUGUCCUGCCCAACAUCCAGGCCGUGCUGCUGCCCAAGAAGACCGAGAGCCACCACAAGACCAAAUAAGUGAGGUUGGGAAUACCGCCAAACAAAGGCUCUUUUCAGAGCCACCCUAAGCUGUUCUGGAAAAAGCUGUUGCACACAACCUGCCCUUUUGUCACAUAGCACUUGUAAGAGGCAAUUCUCUUAGGAGGGUAACUCCCAGAGGCUGGAAGUUGUACUCCCAGCAGGAGUAACCGGCAUAAUA